AUGGGCAGCUUCACCUUGCUGACAGUUCUUGGCAGUGGCAGUUGCAGGCUCUCAUGCCAUCACCGCCUGACUUUGGCUGCAUAUCAGGCCGGGUCCAUCUUGGUCGUGUGGGACUUCACUCGGUUCGGCGAUGACUCGCGGCAGUUCAUCCUUCUGCAGCCAGGCCAACGCUGUUCCCAGAUCUUCUUCAGCAAGGAUGGGCGCUUUGUGCUGGGUUUCUGGGUGUCGCCCAGCGGACAGCCCACACUAUCUGUCUGGCGGACUGCAGAUGGAGUUCGGGUCGCGGAGCAUGCCCUCGCGAACACCUCGGCACAGGGGCUCUGCGUAGAUUAUCACCGCGAAACACAGCACAUGCUUGUUCUCUACGGAAACUCCGCUCUGUCUGCAUGUGUGGCCUACUGGGACGCUGAUGUCCUGAGUCCGCGGCCUUUGGCGCAGGGCUCCUUAGGGCCUUCGAGCUCACCAUUGGCAGUCCGACUUCUUGACGAUGCUCGCCAUUUCGCAGUUGCAGAGGUAGACGCGGUGACAUUCUGGACUUAUGCGGGGCCCGGAGGCAGCACUCGCCAGGUUUUGCGGGUGGACUUGACGAAGCCGCUUCAAGCCUUCGAGUUGGAAGGCCGCCUGGCAUACCUACUGACGGAGGGCCGGCUCCAGGUCAUGAAUUUCGAGGGCCAGCGGGAGCAGGUCGUGCAAGCACCUACUGCCAAGACCACCUGCAUGGAUGCAAAGGCAAGCACCGUGUGCAUCGGUUGUGAAGAUGGCUCGUUGCUCGUGUCUCGCAGUGCCAGUCCUGAGCACUGGAAAACCUUGCCAUGUCCACCUCAGCUCUGCGACACAUCCGGAAUAGAGAAGCUUGCGCCAAGAGUUGUCUCGGUCUCCCUUGGCGCGAGCGAGGACUAUGCUUGUGUGUGUUUUUCAGAUGCAACACAUGGGGUCAUCCAUCUCAGUUCCGCCCAAUGGGUCGCUUUGCGAGCUGGACAUGCCGGCAACAUCUGCAGUAUCACAACUGCACCUCGUUUGACCGCACCGGCCGCACUUGCGGGGCGGAUGCUCGAUGCAGAGAGAAUCCUCAAGACGAAAGCUCUCGCCUUUCUCAGCAUCGGCUCUCAGAGGCCGGGCUGCGCAGCCACAGGGCUGGGCUUCAUCGCUUGGCCCAAGAUGGGCGGCAGGGCUCUCACCGCUGCCGCCUUCCACCCCUCUGCUUGCCUUGCGUUGGAUGGCAGCCUCAACGGCGCCUAUGUACUUGUGGCUGGAGCUGAAGACGGCUCCGUCCACUUGCUCGAGGCGCUGGCGCCGGCGUCAGCUGAUCAGGCGGUGACUUGGAGAACGGUGCGCAGUGCACCACGCAAUUCGCCGUCCACACCUUCGGAGGUGUACCCCCGUGAUGUGGGUGAUCUGGAGGUGAAGAGUUCAGGGCUUUUGGAGUCGUGUUGCCACUUGACCAUCUCUUCUUGUGGAAGCUUCAUUGCGGCAUCCUUCGCAGACGGCGCAGCGGAUUUGCUGGAAUUCCCUACUCUCAACCUGCUGCUGCAGCUUCAACACGGCGAGCCAAGUGGACCUCGCGACAACGAAAAGGUUCAACAAGCGUUUUUCGUUUGGCGGCCCACAGCGACGCAGAGAGCUUAUGAUCAGAACCUGUAUGUAGUCAGCAGACUGCGCAAUCCCUGGGAGGCAGUCCUCCACGAAGUGUACCCGCUGGGCGAUUCGUUUGCCAAAGCGCCAACAGCCCAAUUCGCCCUGGCUCCCGUCUGCCAGGCUGCUGGAGGAGUCUUCACCGACCUCUGCGCACAUCCAUCACAACUGUACCUGGUUGCUUCGGCAGUGCUACCUUCGAGUGACGUGAGGUCGAUUAUUCUCGUCUUCGACUUGUGGAGCGGAGAGCUACUGAAGUCUUGCCCGGUCUUCAACUCCUUGUUAGUGGCGCCUCUGCUACCCCUGCAUCCAUCAAUCUGCUUGGAUUGCAGUGGCUCUUACAUUUUCUGCGCUUCCACACCCGGCCCACUGGGGCCGAUCGACUUGCAUCUCGGGCACGAUGCAGGUGCUGUGCCAACCGGCUAUGCGUGCAAUGAUUUGCUGCACUCGAUCUGGCCAUCCUCGCAUGCUGCAUCGGCAGCGGAAUCGACUUCGUUGAUCUGCGUCGUCGACUUCAGCUCCGGCGAACAAUGCUACCAGGUGAGUAUCAAUGCUAACUGCAUAAGUCUGGGCUCUCCCUGGCAUGAUCCUGGCCAGCUUCUCGUCGGUGCUCGUGAUGGCACGAUUUCAGUGUGGCAGCCUCCCGCGGCCGUCUCCUCACGAAUCCGAGCAGUCCUUCAGGAAAGUCUGGAGGCACACAGCGCGGUGAGAGAUGCGACGAGACAGCCGGAUUCGACAUUUUGGUCGUUGGCUUCCAAGCUCUCGCACGUGGAGGAAGCUGUGUCCUUCUUCUGGGCCACAAAGUUGCACGCAAGAAUGGAUUGGCUCAGCUGGGGCGGCGGAGUUCACAAACCACCUCUUUCAAGUGGAAUUGGAGCACACAAGCAAACCAGUGCCGCCCAUGCCGUUGCAAUGGACAACAAGCCACAUCCGUUGCUCCCCAUCAUACCACCAGCUUACAGAGCGACACAGCCCCGGCACGAGGACGAUGUUGUCAUCCAAGGGCGGCAAAAGUGGGCCAUGGCCAGAUCAGGCGGUGAGUUCCUGCGACCUGGGCUCCAGGCAUCUUUUCCGCCUUUCACCGAGCACCUGAGACCACAGGUGCUGCAGGCAUCCCAGCCACUAAGCUUUCCUCGGUUCGGAAACAGACCGAAACGUUUUCCAGAGCCUGGCAACCCAGAACGGGCACGGGCCUUGAACGAACCCGAGAUCGAUCCUGUUUCUGGCCUCGAAAUGCACGAGAUCCCGUUGAAUCAGCCUGGGUGGAAGCACGGGACGAUGCAGAGCCAAGCAGAGAUGGAGAUGGCAGCUCCAACAGCUCCCGAGUUCUUGGAAGAGUUCGGCACCCGAGCAGAACACUUCCAGGACCCUUUGCCGUCACAAGAUGCCACAUCCGUACCCAGGUGGUUAGAACGUGGAAGACCAAUGCCUGCAGCCCAACCACGGCUGCAUGAUCAGAUCCUACGUUCCGUGGUUUCCGACUUGGACAGGUUUGAGAUGGCACAUCCAGACGUGCAGGCUUUGGAAUCUCCAAGGAGUGAUGCUGAACUUGUCGCGGUAGGAUGA